UUAUUUAUUAUUUUGUGGUUGCCGUGCAUCAUUCUGAGUAGAGCCAUUUCCAUUCAUCCUGUACUCAGAACUCCAGCAUAUUUGCUUUUAAUUAAAAUCAAACAAGUUAGGUUUAACAGAUCUGAAGUUUCCCAUUGUCAAAUUUCCGUGGCUGUGCACUUUGUUAAAGUUACAAUAAUAUAAGUUCAUUUAUGCGUUUACAUUCACGUAGUUUACUAAUGGUUUGCACGUCAGCAGAUAUACGUUAGUGGUAGACAGGUGGGUCACUACUGGUACUUAACAGUUGAGGUGAAGGCGUUGUCACACCUAGCGUAAAGAGUCAUUAGAUAUUUAUCGCUUCCACGCGUAGUCAGGGCAAGCAAUGGCGUACACGAGGACCAUUGGCGUGGUAGAUUACGUUGUCAUGUGUGCGGUUCUACUUGUGUCCGCCUCUGUAGGGGUCAUCUUCUCACGAACCGGGGGACGCCAAAAGACAACUCGAGAGUACCUGCUGGCGAACAGGGAUAUGGGCUUCUUGCCUGUGGCUCUGUCCAUCAUAGUGUCGUAUAUAUCGGGGAUUAUGAUUCUAGGGUACACAACUGAAAUAUAUCAGCACGGCAUCCAGAUAGUGAUGUUUAAUCUGUUUAACAUCCUGGCCUACGUGAUCUCUGCAUUUACCUUCGUCCCCUUUAUCCGGAAACUGCAGAUAACGAGUUCAUUUGAGUAUCUUGAGCGAAGGUACCGGUCGAAAACAGUACGCCGCCUUGGUUCUCUACUGGGGAUACUGUCCGCGACGCUGUACCUUGGAACUGCGACAAACGCCACAGCCACGGCCGUGGAGGCAGGUAAGGGUUGGCUUCAUACACACGAAAGGUUCUAGUCCAAAAUCUUGAUCUAAUGACAUCAUAUAUUGAAGUGAAGUAAAAACUGUAGUUCUUCCACCCGUGGCCUAUCGAUACAGACACG